CUUUGGACAGUGUUAAAGAAGGAAGCCAGAACUACUACAUUUAUCCUUCUACAAGCUAAGUUUUUCCCAUAUUAUACAUUUACAAACUAAAAGCGCAACCAAAUAACUUUAGAUCCAAGCAAUUAAACCCUUUUUGUUUUUCUCUUUGAUCAACCGCAUGUUCUCUCUCUCCCCCUAAAACUCAUUGUAUAUCUUCAUGUUCCAGCUUCUUCACUUUGAAUUUUUUUAGCUUCUUUUCUUUUCUUCUAUCUUCUCUAUAGCGCAAGAGAUCUUCAUCUCUAGAGCUACGUACGUCAAACAUGAGAAACUCAUGUUCGAGAGGAAUACGCAUCAUGAGUCAUGCCAUUAUGCAAACUCUAGGGCUAAAAAAGUGAAGAGAAGAAUUCAAUUCCCUUGCCCAAUUCCCAAUCAGAAUUGGGCUAGUUUGAAAGGAAUAUUAUUAUUAUAUAUAUAUGAUAUAAUAAAAAGCUUCAAUGAUAGUAGACUCCCCUCUAUCAUCAUAGCUAUCUUUUUCUUUCUCUUUGAUCUCUACUUCUUUAUGUUUCCUUUUAAUGCGAAUUCCUGUUAGAGUACUAGUUCACAUUGUGAAAAUUAAUGGCCAAUAGUGGAAAAUAUUAUUAAACAAUAAUAUAUAUAGAGCUAUAUAGCUAGGAAAUGACCAGGUGCAAUGUUGAAGAGCGUAGUGGAGUACUCGACCAAACAAUCAUUAAUGCGCCUGAUCAUCCUCAUCCUCAUCAUCAUAUCGAUCAUGAAGGUCGCAAAGAUGAUCAUAACCUAAUCAUCAGAACUUGUCCUUCAUGUGGUCAUCAGAUCAAAUGUCAAGACCAGGCUGGAAUUCAUCAUUUGCCGGGUCUACCAGCUGGUGUGAAGUUUGAUCCGACAGAUCAAGAGCUUCUUGAACAUUUGGAAGGGAAGGUACGUUCUGAGACAUGCAAGGUUCACCCUCUCAUAGAUGAGUUCAUCCCUACUAUUGAUGGAGAGAAUGGGAUUUGCUACACUCAUCCACAGAAGUUGCCAGGAGUCAGCAAAGAUGGCCUAGUGCGUCACUUCUUCCAUCGGCCUUCCAAGGCGUACACGACCGGAACUAGGAAGAGACGGAAGGUCCACACCGACGCCGACGGCGGCGAGACCCGGUGGCACAAGACGGGUAAGACCCGACCCGUUUUCGUUGGGGGAAGGGUCAAAGGGUACAAAAAGAUACUUGUUCUCUACACAAACUAUGGGAAGCAAAGAAAGCCUGAGAAGACUAAUUGGGUUAUGCACCAAUACCACUUGGGGAACAACGAAGAGGAGAAAGAAGGAGAGUUAGUGGUGUCCAAAGUGUUCUACCAAACGCAGCCUAGACAAUGUGGUUCGGUCAUGAAAGACUUGCUUAAUCCAGCUAACAAUCAUAAUCAUAAUAACAACUUGCUCAUGAAGGGACAAAACGACGAGUCGUUUGUUGAGUAUUCAUGCAAUAUUCCUAAUUCUUACAUAUCCUUUGAGCAUGGUGCCCAAAAUGGAGGAACCACUCCUGAAAUGGUGACCCAUUUUGGAGCUGGUUCUUUCGUUUCAUGAAGUUCUAUAUAUGUAUAGGUAAUAUCUAUAAUCGAAGAGAAGGGUAUGAUAGGAGACAAGAAUAAGAUAUGAGAAGAUAGUUACUGCUAAGAAGGCACUUGGAAUCAAUAAAUAUAAAUAUAUAUAUAUAUAACUCGUGAUGAAGUGAAUUAUAGUAACAAAAGUUAUUUAAUAGAAGGGUAAGGAAGGAGAAAAGAAUAAAAAAAGAGGAAAGGUAACUUUAGUUCCUGAGAGCCAUCUUCUAAUACUAAAGUAAAAUUUAGAAGCUUUGGCUGUGACACCAUAUAUACUACAAUCUUUUUUGUUUUUAUUUUUGCAAGUUCUUGUGUUAUGCUUUGUACAAUGUGAAGAGAAGUGUGAAGAAGUACUACAUUUCACAUGGGCCAUGACCCCUUCUUUAAUGUGGGGUACUGGGUCGUGUUUUUUCUUAAAAAAAAAAAAAAAAAGCUGUACAAAGAUGAAGAUAUGUGUUCCUUACCUAACUUAGUAAGCAGUCUAAUAUAAAUAUAUAUACAUGUGCUGUCAUUUCGAUGUAAUUUUGUAUUGACUUUUACAGUGUGAUUAAAUAAAGUUGUACCCAAAUCUCACCCA